GAGGUGCACAUAUUCAACACACCGGUAAAGUGAUAUUUCUUUUCCUCCAUAAAAGCUGCACUUAUGCCGAAAUCCAAGCGCGCGAAGGUCAUCUCACUGACCAAAACGCAGGCCAAGACUCGUGAAGAUAAGGAUAAGCUCAUCCAACGCAUCCGUGAGGCGCUCGAUGAGUACUCCAGCGUCUACACGCUGCGGUUGCACAACAUUCGCACGAACAUCCUGCAGCAGAUCCGUGAGGAUCGAAGCGCGGACAGCCGCCUUUUUCUCGGCAACAACAAGCUCAUGAUGAUCGCGAUCGGGCGCGACGAGGAGAGCUCGCAGCGGAGUGGGUUGUACAAGAUUGCGCCCUUUCUCUCCGGUCUCUGCGGCCUCCUUUUUACGAAUCUCAGCAAGAAACAGGUGAAGGAGUAUUUCGGGCAGAUCGGCGCGCAGGUGUACGCGCGAACCGGGCAGACGGCGACGCGCUCGCUCGUGCUGAACGCCGGGCCGCUGCCGCAGUUCCCGCACAGCAUGUUCGACCACCUCGCGAAGCUCGGAUUGCCGAUUAAGCUCGACAAGGGCGUGAUCGUUCUGCUGCAGGAUACGACGGUGUGUGAGGAGGGCGAUACCCUUAGUGCGGAGGCCGCGCAGCUGCUGAAGCUCUUCGGCGUGCAGUCGGCGGAGUUCAAGAUUGAGCUCACCGCGCAUUGGUGUGAUGGGGUGGCGAAGAAAAUAGGCGCGAAGAAGGUCGACAACUAGUCGCGCGAAGGUGCGAGGAAGCAGUGGGGGUGGUCGAUGGAGCGGGAGGGGGGUGCGUUUCCUGAGGGAGUUCAGUCGGGAUCGUUAAGCGAGGAGGCAUCAUCCCCAUCACUUUAGGGCACCUUUCUUUUUCACCUUUAAAGUAAGAAUUGGUUUCUAAAAAAAUAUAAAUGAACGGCUAAGUAUCAGGUUGACAAAAAAAUACACACACAGGAUGUGCAUUGGACAUUCAUGGUCAGCAACCACGAGUGUUGCGUCUAACUCGUGUGCUCGGUGGAGUAAUUGUCUCUUGUAUAUAUUUGACUAUUGGUUACAGAGAAAAUCUACUCAGUUCGGACAUAUGUGCAUGUUCUGAACGUAUUUCAUCGAUUCUUGAUCGUUUUUUCCCUUCAUUUGAUUUACUUAUCUAUU